AUGGUCAUUUUGGAAAUAUGCUUGAUUGUCGCGCUCGCUGCUCACGGCCAAACUGCACGGUGUCCUGCUCCCAUAUCGACAGUAAGUCUAUUAAAAGAAACAAUGUUGACUGUUUGUUAUAGCCAGCGACGGAAACAAGUUCAUCAACGACUUAUCUUCUAACCAGCACAUUCACUUCUACUAUAACCACGACUCAACAACCAAACACCUCGACAGUUACGUCUACCACCACUCAGGAGCCGACUACGUCCACUGUGACUUCGACUACAACUCAAGAACCUAGUUCAUCGACAGUCCCCUCGACGACGACUCAGGAGCCGGCUUCGUCUACUGUGAUGUCGACUACCACCCAGGAGCCGAGUACACUGACAGUUACGUCUACCACCACUCAAGAACCUAGUUCAUUGACGAUUACGUCUACCACCACUCAGGAGCCGACUACGUCUACUGUGACUUCGACUACCACCAUGGAGCCGAGUACAUCCACUGUCACCUCCACAACGACCCAGGAGCCGAGUACACCGACAGUUACGUCUACCACCACUCAGGAGCCGACUACGUCUUCUGUGACUUCGACUACAACCCAGGAGCCGACGACUUCAGAUCCAUAUCCAGAAAGAUGUAACUCGCUUCAUGCACGUUCCUGUAUUCAUUCUGAUUUACAGCUAACUGCACUUGCGCAGCCGAUAUUCCUGUUAUUCAGCUUACCAGCAGCGAUGGCAUGUACAAUGACACAUUUUGGAGCGAACAGAGUGCAGUGAUUGCUGCUAAUUGGGAUUCCUCGUAUACCACUGUCGUUAAAAUUGUCAACCAGUUGUCCAACACGAGCUGCUCAAACCAAAUUCAAUGCAGUUAUCAAAAGGGAAACGGAUUCGAAUACGUGCAAGGAAACUUGUUCGUUGGAUAUGAGAAUGGAACCGUGAGAGCUGGAAAGUUUAACAAGAAAAACAAUUCAAUUUACAGUACAUUCAAUAUGUUGACAAUCUGGAUGGAAACACUACGUGGCCUUCCGUUUAUUGUAACGCUGCGAAUCAUUGGACCUAUGAAGGAGCAUUAGUGGUCUCCGCCGGAUGCAUUUCAGUGAUCUACUGGCCAUGA